AUGGUCAUUUUCACGGCCUUACCAUCUGGUAUUAGCAGUGAUGAAGGAAAUCGUGAUUAUGAAAUUUAUCAAGUUCCUUCUAAUUAUGUUGUAGUGGAUGAUGAACAACUUCCAUUUGAAAUCAAGGAUGUUGUACGGAUACGAGCUAAUGAGAAGUUUUCAAAAUAUUACGACUGCAUGGAUGAACUUGGAGAGGGAAAAUUCGGGAAAGUAUAUCGAUGCCGUGAAAAAGCAACAGGACUUGAGCUGGCAGCAAAACGUAUCAAAAUAAAACGUGAUGCGGAUCGAGAAAAAGUGGAACGGGAGGUAGCUAUUAUGACGAAGUUGAGACAUCCCAGAAUAGCGCAGAUCUAUGAUGCUUUCGCUACACCUGAUAACGACGUUGUAUUGAUCAUGGAAAUAGUUACUGGAGGUGAACUAUUUGAUCGAGUUGUUGACGAGAACUAUAUUCUAACAGAGCUGGCUGUUGUAAUGAUCGUUUGUCAGCUAUGUGAAGCAGUUAGCUAUAUUCAUAGCAAAAAUAUCGUUCAUCUUGAUAUAAAGGUUAUUCCUAUGCUUUCUCGAUUGUGCAUUAUCGGUUAG